CUUCUAUUUAGCCUGGCUGCGCCAUUUAAUAAAUCGCCAUGGGAGGGCUGCCAAACCACGCUGUUUUGCUGUCUGGCGCACAAUCUUAUCUCGGGCGGCUAUUACUCCGAUUGCAGACUCAUAGAGCCUGGCGCCCUUGCGCACGAUGCUGAUUUAGGUCGGCAACUAUGGACAUGCACGGAAAAGCUAAUAAGCCGGGCCUCUGGUUCUCACUCGAUUGGUCAAACCAGUGCUGCUGCCGGAGAUGACUCGAAGCCCUCAGCGCCUGCAGAACGUGUACCAGCUCACGCGCCAGCAACAGUACCUGCUCAAUCGCCAGCAGUAAUACCAACUCAAUUGCCGGCAGCAAUACCAGCUCAAUUGCCGGCAGCAAUACCAGCUAAAUUGCCGGCAGCAAUACCAGCUCAAUCGCCAGCAGUCGUACCAGUUCCGAUACCACAGGUAGUGGCGGCUUCGGAUCCAUCGUCGACUCCUGCCACAUCUCUGGCUCCAAAGCCCCCACCAGUCCCUUCUCCAGCUCCACUUCGGGCGCCCACGCCUAUGUCUAUGGUGGCAGAUGCUUCACGAUCCACAGACAAGCCUAACACGUCGGCCAGCCAGUAA